AUGAAGUUCACAACUACCACCACCCUGGCCUCGCUGGCCGUCGUGGCCGCUGCAGCCAAGGACACGACCACAUUUGCUGUCUUGAGAUUCAACGGCGAUGGUUUCUUGACCGAAGGGCCAAUGGACCCCAUCGUCAACCCCGGAACGACGUCUACCCAUUACCACAGUAUCAUGGGAGGAAGCAACUUCGGCCCUACUGUCGAGGGCGACCAGCUGUUGGACUCGAAUUGCACCACGGCCAAGAUCAAGAACGACCACAGCAACUACUGGAUCCCUCAGCUCUUCUUCCAGGAUCCCAAGAACCCCAAGAGCUUCGAGAAGGUCAGCAUGAUGUACAUGAACGUCUACUACUUCUUCGAGGAGUCCUCCAGCGAUGUCGAGGCCUUCCCCGUCGGCCUGAAGAUGAUGAUUGGUGAUGCUCACACCCGCUCUCCUCCCAAUGCUACCGGACUCCAGCUCGAUCCCAACAACAGCGCCGGCAUCAACCCCGUGCAGUGGACAUGCCCGCGGACGUCGUACACCCCGCCUUCCUACCCUGUAGACUCAGACGGCACCAAAGCCGGCAUUGUAGACCCCAACAACGCCGGUGCUGGUGCUGGUUUUCCCUCCCAGAAGUGCGACGGCUUGUAUUCUCCUCUCCGCCAGGAUCUCCACUUCCCCUCGUGCUACAACCCCGAAGCUGGCCUGGACGCCUACAAGACCAACAUGGCAUGGCCAACGUUCGACGGCGAUAAGAGAGAGUGCCCAGAAGGCUACAUCCACGUGCCUCACCUCUUCUUUGAAGUUUACUGGAGCACCCCUGAUUUCAAUGACAGGUGGGACGUCGACGGAGUCAACCAGCCAUUCGUGCUCUCCAACGGAGAUGCCACCGGCUUCAGCUCGCACGCAGACUUCAUUUCCGGCUGGGACAAAGACACUCUCAACACCAUCAUCGGCAGUUGCAAUGCUGGCACUCUCGGCAUGGACACCUGCCCCGACAUUCCUGGCGGUCUGAGCGAGGACAACGACUGCAAGAUCUCACCGGCUAUGGGAACGAUGCUGAAGACUUCAGCAACUCUGACUGCUCUUCCUCUUGACAACCCCGUCACCGGCUGGGGCAAGGGAGGCGUGACUGGCGGCUCAGUUGGCGAGAGCUCCAGCGGCUCGGAAUCGGGCUCCAGUGCCUCUGCCGCUACCACGACGUACCCUACCAGCGCCGCCGAGACCGAUGCCGCAAGCUCAACAUCGGUUGCCGCCGAGCAUACCGAGACCGAGGUCGCGGCCAGCUCCCCGACUGAGGCUGCGAGCUCUGCGACCGAGGCUGCGAGCUCUGCGACCGAGGCUGCGAGCUCUGCGACCGAGGCUGCGACCUACCCGACUGGUGGCGCUUUCAUCCAGGAAUCUGCUAGCUCCGCUACGACGGCGGAGACCGCUGCCGCUGCCGUUACCGAUGCUCCCGCUGCGCCUGCUGCGGGUGGUGACCCCAACAUCAAGACGGUCUGGGACUACGUUACCGUCACAUCCACCACCACCGUGGCACCCGACGCCUCGCCUGUCUCUCAGAGACGACGUGUCCCGCGCCACUCACACGGCCACAUGGCCCGUCACCUCGGUGGCGGCUUCGCCGGCCGUCGAUGA